CUUCCAAGUGCUCCUUCACCCUAAGUUACACCAUCCCAUCAUCGUUAUCUUAUCAUCAUCAUUACUCGAUCAUCUGCUCCGUCUAUCCCUCUGCUCUGCCGGCUCUGAGCUGUCGCGCUAGCUCGCCUCAUUGGCGACGCUGAGUGUUGGCUGGCCCCUCAUGGACAAUGGAGGAGGUGCCCCACCUCGCUUCCAAGGCAACUUCUUCUCGCAGCCUUCAGCUUCAUCAGGAUCAGCAGCCGGACCUUCUACCUCAUCUACAUCCUCCUUUUCGCAUCCUCUCUCAUCUACUCCUACUCUAACUUAUUCAGGGGGGUCGAGAGGAGGACCGGGAGGCAGAGGCGCACGCGCCGGAUUUGCGGCUGGAGGUAGGGGUAGCGCUCCUACCCGGGGAGUAGGCGCAAGCAAGCCCUUCGCGAACAAGAGCGUCACGUUCAACAACAAUAGUACAGCCAACCCAUCCAACCCCAGCACAUUUGCCCAGGAAGCCGCUGAGGAGAACGAGGGGGGGGGAUCUUCGUCUUUCUCGGCCUUCCACACGGGAGGCAGCAGCGCCUUCGCUGCGCCCAUCUCAUCUAGCUCAUCAUCCACUUCGGGAUACACUACACCUGUAGCUGAUGCUGAGUCUUCAGCUCCUACCUCGACAUGGCUGAACCAGGCUGCUGCCCCAAGCCCUGCACCUUCUCAUGCUGUUCCGGCCGGAGACAAAGAUGGCGCAUCCGCGAUCUCGGAAGCCGUGGAUGUGGAUGGCGGCGACGACAGUCGAAAGAAGCGCUUUGCGAGGCCGGCAGGUUCGAAUCGAUUUCUCGAGAUGAAAGCACAGAGGCCGCUCUUGCGGCAAAAGUACAUCGAUCAAGGCAUCCUACCGGAUCCGGAGAAACCCCAGCAGCUCUCGGCAGCGACACGCUUCACUGGCAGCUGCAUGGAAAUGUGCCCUGAAUUUGAGCGAGAGGAAAGAGAGUUUCAAGGCGAGGGUGAUGAGCUCGAAGUCUAUCCCGGGACGACCAAGCUGGACCCAGCGCUGGCUGUCAAGAUCUACAGGCGCCCAGCAGCAGGAAGAGAGCUACCUCUACCGGAGGAUGUUCGCCCACCUCCCGUUCUCAAGCAGACGCUCGACUAUCUUUUCCAUACUCUACUACCUUCAUCCCCCAACUCGGAGCAGCUAUCGCACGUUCAAGGCUUCAUCUGGAAUCGUACUCGCGCCAUUCGUCAAGACUUCAUCGUCCAAGGACAGGCUGGCCCUCUCACAAUCGAGUGCCACGAGAGGAUAGCCAGGUGGCAUAUCCUCGGACUGCACUGGCGUGGAGGCGGCGUGGACAAGGAAGGUCAGCCGAGAGAGUGGCCUAGUGAUCUGGAUCCAUGGAGCGAACAGCAAGAGCUAGAACAGCUCGCCAAGACAUUGACCAGUCUCAACGAGUUCUAUGACGAUCUUCGAAUGUCCACCGGACAGUCUUCGCCCAACGAGGCUGAAUUCCGCGCCUACCAUCUGAUCCUCAACCUCUACGAUCCGGAAGUCUUGCGCAACGUCGAGCUGCUGCCGGAGGAGGUCUUCGAUGCUCCUAUCUUACAGACAGCCAUUCGACUUCGAGGUUAUGCCCAGAGGUCUAAUCGAGGAGGCACCAGCAGAGCCAAUGCCCUCAAUACGGACGCCCCCAUGAACUUCUUCAGUCGCUUCUUCGCCGAGAUCAGAGCUGCUGAUCAGAGAGUACCGUACUUGCUGGCAUGCAUGCUCGAGAACAAGUUCGCUCCUAUACGAGAAGGAGGACUCAAGGCUCUUUGCUUCAACUACAACAAGGCUCACCGGGGACCAUCAUUGUCCUUUGUCAAAGAAGCACUUGGAGCAGACACGGAAGAGCAGGUGGAGGAGUGGGCUCAGCUCUGCGGCAUCGAGGUGCAGAGGGAAGGUGACAGCGAGCCUGCCCUCAAGCUGAACAAGCAAGUCGAGCUCACAAAGACUCUUCCUCAGUCGUUCUCCCUUUUGGUCGAGUUGAAGAGAGGAAAGUACAAUUCGAGGCAGAUCAUCGACGGUGUUGCUUCGAACGCUGCGCCCUUGCUUUCGAAUACGGGACCGACAAACGUUCAGUCGGUGAGCCAAGCUAGGCCUACCAGCCUCAAGCCUGUUUCCUCAGGGUUGGGUAGUGUGAAGCCUCCUCAGCCCGCCAGCACAGUACCUGCUGCCCCUUCAUCUGGCUUCUCAUUUGGCAGCCAAGCAGCAGCCAAAUCUCAGCCUCACACGGGCGCUUUUGCACCAACUCCUGCACUUGCUGCUUCAACGACAUCCUCACUCGGCGCCUUCUCUUCGGUCUCAUCCCCCAGAUUCAAUGCCUUUGGGAAGGCUGCUCUACCUAGCAAGACUCAGAUGAAAGCGACCGCCUCGCCUUUCCAGCCAUCGCAGCCCACGGCGCAGAGCAGUUCUUUCAAUGCUCCUUUUGUGGGAUUCAAGACCGAAGACGCGAAGAUUACCAAAGACAGCAAAUCUCUACCUCCUGCUGGACCUCUCGCUGCACCCCCAUCUAGCUCAUUCGCAUCACCUUUGACGACACAACUCGGUGCUUCCAAGCCAACUUCGAGCACCAAGCAGACUUUCUUCUCGUCACCAGCUCUCCCCACAAAAUCUUUAGAUACCAGCAAGACCGCCACACCGGGCAGUAGCUUUCAAUUACCUGCUCCCAUCACAAGCACACCUGCAGCAAGCACGCCGACUUCUCUAUCUGCACUGGCUAAGGAGCCUCCGCAAUUAGCCCUACCGCCUUCCGAGACGGCUUCUGCAGCUGCGGCCAAGGAGGACCAGAGGCGAAAAGAGAAGCGCGAGAAAGUGGUGCAGCGAGCCUUGUCUCAGCUCAUAACGGAUCAAGCCACAUCGGUCGCCAAGCAAGCCCUGCAGAAGGAAGAUGGUCGCCGACGCUCGCAAGCUAGGCAGGCCUUCUUGGGCUCCAUAAGCGAGAAGCUACUGAGGGGCCUCCAGCAAGACGUGAUCGCAAAGAUGGCUAGAGAUGUCGCUGCAAACGGUCUAGCAGACGAAUUUCGAAGGCGGUUCAGUCUGCGAUCACACCUUGCCCGCUGGCAGAUCAGGCUCGAGCUCCGGGAGGAAAGGGAGAGGCAGAAGGCUCGUCUUGAGGAUGUGAGGGCGCAGGUCCUCGAAAAGGGACUACUCGAUCAGUCUCUGUCGGCGUCGCGAGGAGGACUCCGUGCGGCGUUGAUGCUUCCGGACCUUUCUACCUUGAGCGUCAGUGCGGCGCCGGCUCACCGCUCCUCGAAAAUCUUGUCUCAGUCGCGAUCCAGCUUUGAAGAAGACGACCAGCUUCGAACAUCCUACAACCAGAGCAAAGCGGAACGUUCCCACCUCUGGGAGCAAGGAACCUUCUUCGUUUACAUCGCAAGCCACAUGGCCUCUCUUAUUUCUCGUUGGCGACCAUUGGAGAUGGGUGCCUGGUCCGUCUUGCUCAGCCUCCCCGACGAUGACUCGGCAAGUACAUGGCUCAAGCACAAAUUUGGCCUUAGCGACGAGCAGCCGCAGAAGACGAUUGCUAUCGCGCCUGACGUGGAUGUUCGGGGAGAGCUGGUAGACGGCCCGGCAGAGGUGGAGCACCGGGACACAGGACUACUCGUGUUCGUCUUGUCAGCCGAUCUGGCUGCUGCUGGUCAAGAGGCCGACGAUGAACAGGAUAUUUGGGAACUAGAACAGGAGCGUUUCAGAGCGUUGGAGGAGAGCGAGGCGCUCUCGAUUAGCAGGUUCUCGCCGCGGUUGCUCGUCAUAGACUGGAGGACUGGAAGCCGAGAGACAGAAGUCAAGACUCGACUCGGACUCGACGCAAGUGCCAAGCCCUUCUGGAAGGACGUCGCGGUCUGCAAUCUCGGCGGCGCAUCCCAGCCUGAUGAGCUUUUUAACUCAGCGGUCGCUACUCUCCUUAACGAUGUCUCGUUGCGACCUCGUAAAGUGGGGCCUAGCUUUGCAGAGACUGUCUUGCCUCUGCGUCGACCUUGGAGCAACGCAGCCGUUACGAUCGAAGGUCUUGUAGCACGUCUGCCCGCCGAGCUAGCUGCAUCGACUAGCGUGGCCCUGGAAAUUUUCGCAGCGAUGCUCAGUCUGGCCAAUCAUACUCUGGAAGCGAUCUCGCAAGCAUCUGAUCAAGAAUACCCUGGAGGGGAUCUCCUGCUGCCAAAGUCCAAGCUUGCCUCCUCCCUACAGAUUCAUGAUAGCCUCAACCCUGCUGCAGCAUUGGCACAAGCGAGUCGGGAAGUCAUUGAUCAAUGCGAAGGGGCACACGAAGGGGAAAGCCUCUACCUCAGUCGCGCGCUCAUUGGACAAGCCCAGCAGCAAGUCGGCAAGCCCUUCCCAAUCGCAGCCCUCUUGGAGAAUCUACUGCAGAGCAAGCUCGACCUCGUCGGUGAGAGCUGGAUCGCUCGUCCUUUGGCCGAGCAGGCGGAUGUUCGAGAGAAGUUGGAAGAGGAUGCACGAUUUGUUCAGCAGGCUGCGGAAAGCAUCGUUGUUCACACGGCCGAGAAGGUGCGAGUGUUACAGGAGCAGCAGGCAAAGGUCCUCAAGGACCUGAGGAAGAAAGAGUUAGAAAUGGAGAUGGAGAUGGAGGUGAACAAGGUGAUUCCCAGCAGUGGAAAUGAAAAGAAGCGCAGCGCGAGGAGCAGUGCUGGCUCUACUUCCCCCUUUACACCUAGGAAGAGGUCUCGCUCUUUUGGCACUUCCCACCACGGCACAGGCGUCGGUGUCGGUUCUCCUGCCGUACCUGUCUUUGUGGGCACUCCGGACGUACAGAGAUUGAGGGGAUUGAUUGCAAGCGCGAAGGGAUUGUUGGCUGGACAGACUGUCUGAGAGGAGAGAGGAGAAACAUGUAGCGGAGAGGAAUAGCGAUGGGAGAAUUGGGAUCUUGUAUUUGUACAUAACUUAAUAUUGCUACUUUGAUGUCAUCUAAAGAAUUUCAACCGAGACAAUUUUGUGUGCUUCUCUCCUCCUCCUUCUCCUGAGUGUUUCAAACCUCCUGAAUAACAGCUUACUUGUUCAAGCGCUCUUUGAUGAACCCCUCCAGCUCCUUGCCACUGAGAAUACUGUCCACGACUCCCUUGGCCUUGUGCUCGAAUCCAAGACUGCCAAGCAGAUCCGGAGAGGUAAAGCUGUUCUCUUUACCCCAUACCAAAAAGGCAAAGCACUCGCUAUAAGGGUUCUCUUUCCCUCCA